AGAAGUUUUCAAUGCAACACCACAAUGCCUCCUACUUCUCUGUACUUUACACUUUUUCUAUAUAUUCUGUCUCGGAUAGUGGAAAUUCAGUGCCAUACCUACCAGACAAAACCUCUUUUUAUGUCUUUCUCUGACUUGGCUGCCCUCGAAGCAGACUCCUUGCAUCAGACAAACAAACCUCACUUUGGGGAUCCCGUCAGCGAUCACAAGGUCAAGACAUUUGUGGUGAAAUGUCACGAGGACAGCAUCGAGGUUGCGAUGAAAGCUUAUCUGUUUGACCUGGUCCGGCCUGUGGAGCCCACACACUUGAGGCUUGGACUCUUCAGUGCUGUGCAAGAUCACUGCACAGCCAGAAUGUCUAGAAAUGGGGAGUACGUCAUCAGAGCACCUCUGAAUGAGUGUGGGAGUAAAGUGACGUUCACCCAGAGUGCUUUGCUGUACAACAACCUCCUGCUCUACUCUCCUCCUCCAACAACAUCACAUGGAGGCUUGUUGCAAGCAGAAGGAGCUGCUAUUCCAGUCCAGUGUGAAUAUGGAAGGAGGUACACAGUGAGCAGCAGAGCCCUGAAACCAACCUGGAGUCCCCAGAUCUCCAUCCAGUUGACACAUCUGGACCUGGACUUCCACCUUAGGCUCAUGACAAAUGACUGGAGCAGCGAGAGAAAGUCGUCUGUUUACUUCCUGGGUGAAGUGGUCAACAUCGAGGCCUCUGUGGAUCAUCACCACCGUCCUCUGCGUCUGUAUGCAGACAGCUGUGUGGCUACUCUGACCUCCGAUGUGAAUUCGUACCCCAGAUACCCCUUCAUAGACCACCAGGGAUGUUUUACAGACUCACAGCUGGACGGCUCCAGCUCCCGUUUCCUGCCCAGAUUCCAAGACGAGCUACUCCACAUUCAACUUGAACCUUUCCUCUUCCACCAGGACCACAGAAACGCAAUAUACAUAACAUGUUACCUGGAAGCAGAGCCCAGUUCAAACAAGCAACAAGUGAAAAGGGCUUGUUCCUUUAUGAGGGAGAGGUGGAGGUCAGUGGAUGGUGAUGACUGUGUUUGUGAGAGCUGCAGCAGAGUUAAGGAGACAAAUCACGUCAGCGGUGCCAAGUCCAGCCACGAGAGGGCGCUGAUGAGCAGAACAAAGCCCAGACAUAAUGGUAAUGCAUCUAAUACUAGUACUACUCAGCAGUAG